AUGAGCGCAAGCAAGCAAAAGCAGGCCUGGGCCGCCCAGGGCGGGGGCGCAAAGGCCGGGGACCUGCAGGGCCGGCCCCGCGGGGACACCCCGCAGGGGGAGUCCCUGGCCGCCGCCGCUGCCGCUGCUGCGGCCGCCGCCGCCCAGGACGCUGCCGGCCCGGACCUGGCGCCCACGCCGGAGCCGCCGGAGGAGUACGCGUACCCGGACUACCGCGGCAAGGGCUGCGUGGACGAGAGCGGCUUCGUGUACGCCAUCGGGGAGAAGUUCGCGCCCGGCCCCUCGGCCUGCCCAUGCCUGUGCACCGAGGAGGGGCCGCUGUGCGCGCAGCCCGAGUGCCCGCGGCUGCACCCGCGCUGCAUCCACGUCGACACGAGCCAGUGCUGCCCGCAGUGCAAGGAGAGGAAGAACUACUGCGAGUUCCGGGGCAAGACCUACCAGACUCUGGAGGAGUUCGUGGUGUCCCCGUGUGAGCGGUGCCGCUGCGAGGCCAACGGGGAGGUGCUGUGCACCGUGUCCGCGUGUCCGCAGACAGAGUGUGUGGACCCCGUGUACGAGCCUGACCAGUGCUGCCCCAUCUGCAAAAAUGGUCCCAACUGCUUUGCAGAAACUGCCGUCAUCCCAGCUGGAAGAGAAGUCAAGACGGACGAAUGUACUAUAUGUCACUGUACUUAUGAGGAAGGAACGUGGAGGAUCGAACGACAGGCCAUGUGCACGAGGCAUGAAUGCCGGCAAAUGUAGACACGGAACCAUACAAAAACAGACGUUUUUCUAGAAUAUUUUACUGAUGUGAACAUUCAAGGUGACUCUGGGGAAUGUCAUCCAAAAGGAGAAGACUUUGGAUGAGGUGUAUGGAAAGUUGUGCGUACCUUUUGCGUUUCUCAGUAACAAUUUCCUGCAAAAGAAGGAAGUGGGUCUAUUUCCAAACGUCCACAAGAACUUUGGGCACAAAACCCCCCUCUCUAAAUAAAUGUGCUAUUUUCACAGUAAGUACACCGAAGUACACUAUUAUAUAUUAAAUGUAUUUCUAUAAUCCCUCUAUUAGAGAACUUAUAUAAAUGUUUUCUAUAGAUACAGAUUAAAAAUGCUGUGUUGUCAACCGCCUUCACUGCGUACCUGCAUAUCUUCUUCAUUUCUGAUUCCGUCACACGAGGGUUGCUGAUCCUCCUUCACAUUUCGGAACACUGCACCCAUCGAUGGACAAUGAGAUGAUGAAAUACCAAAAUCCUGCCCCCAUUCUGGUUCAUCACAGAGUUCAAUCUAGUGUCCUUAGGAUAUCCAGUCUACUUCACACAGAUAUAUUUCCUUCUUCUGAUGACUUACUGCUUUUAUCCCCCAGUCAUUGGUUAAUCAUUAAAGAUAACAGGCACACCCUUU